AUGAAACUUUAGGAAGAAAAUGAAACAAAAGAUGAAAUUUCUUUACUAAGGGAAGAAAAAGAAAGACGUAGAAUAAAGAAAUAAUGGGAAUUAAAAAUAAUGGGAAAAUGCAUAAAAUGGUUAAUUUAUGUAGAGAUAGUGGCAUUAAUAAUCUCAACUAUUAAUUACAUUUUGGUAUUAUAAAAUGUCAGCAUAUAAAGUUAGAAAAAGAAUUUCAUUAUGAAGGAAUUGUUGAAGAUAGUUGUUAAGAUUUGUAGACUUUGAAAAACAUAAAUGAAUAAAUAUUUCCAUUAUUAGAUGAAUUGAGUGUAAGAAUUCCUAAAACUUUAUCAGUACAAAAAAUAUUUCAAAAUUUUCAGAGUAAAUUUAGAAAAUGAUUGUCCUUUUGGAAUUGGUGAAUACAUAUGCACUAGUAAAAAAUGUGUUAUUUGUACAUGCAAUUCAUCAGAAGUAAUUAAAUUUAUUAUUUAAUUAGAUUCCAUCAAAUUGGUUAUCCCCAUAGUCUUGGCCUAUAAAUAAUCCAAAAGAUGAUUUUGCCUUUUGGGAUUCAGAAAGAUAUCUAUGUAAUUUUUAAAAGUAUUUUUUAAAGAACCUUCUGAAUGGAUAUGGCAUGUAGAAGAUGUUGAAAAUGAUAAGGGAGUUUAUGUUGAUUUAAAAUUAAAUCCAGAAGCUUUUACAGGAUAUUAAGGUUAACAUAUAUGGGAUGUGAUAUAUAAAGAAAAUUGCUACUAAGGUAUUUGCAUAGAUUUUUAUUAUGAGGUUCUAUAGCUGAAAUGUGUAAAGAAAAGCGAGCUUUAAAUAAAUUAAUAUCUGGAUUACAUACAUCUAUUUCAACUUAAUUAAGUGAAUUUUAUGUAGAUUUAAAGACUAAUAAGACAUAUCCAAAUUACUCAUUAUAUUUUCAAAGAGUUGGAAAUCAUCCUGAAAGAAUAAAGAAUCUCUUCUUUCUAUAUUCUGUCUUAUUUCGAGCAAUAAUUUUGGCUACUCCUGGAAUUUAAUCAUAUGACAUAAAUUCUUUAUCUUUUGAGGAUGAUUUGAGAUCAAAAUAAUUGUUAAAUCAAAUUUUAGCUUUAAGUAAUUCAUAAUGUUCAAGACCUUUUGAUGAAUAAUAAUUUUUUAAAUAAAUAACAUUUGUAAUAACUUUAAAUUUUAACAUAGGAAUAAAAAAAGGAUUAUUAGAGAUAUAUACAUAAUAUUAGUAGAAUAAUGGAUUGUGUAGAAUGCUAGAAAUGUAAAGUAUUUGGAAAAAUGUAAACAUAUGGAUUAGGAACAGCAUUAAAGAUUUUAUUUUCUGAAUCUCCAAGUGAGUUUUCUGGUAGAUUAAAGAGAAAUGAAUUAGUUGCAUUAAUAAAUACAUUUGCAAAAGUGUCAAGUUCUGUGAAUUCUAUAGAUUUAAUGUAUGAGAGAAGAGGAAAUUAUCAUUUUAAUUUAAUAAUUACAAUCAUAAUAAUAGGAAGUGUUUUAAUAUCAUUUAUGAUUGUGAUGCGUAUAUUAUAUAAGGAUUUGGACAGAAAAAUAUAAAAAAUGUUUUUAGGAAUGCCAGGAGAAGACAAAUGUGAAAAAGUUGGUGAGAAGAAAAAGCGUGAUUGAGAGAUGAACC